AUGAAAUUUUUGUUCGCUUUUGUUUUGAUCGCUUUCAUUGUUAUCGCUGUUCAUACAGCAAUUGUUCCAAAUGGAGAAAAAAUGGGAUCACAAUGUGGAUCAGACUUGACCCACAAUAUUGAAAAACGAGAUGCUUGUAGAAAUCUCACCAGUAUUGAUGAAGUCGACAACUUGAUAUAA